CGAACUAUUGGUAAUAAUUCUUGCCACUAGAUGGUGUAUUUUAGUCGACGCCCAAUUCAUGUAUUUUUUUACGUUUUGUUUUCAAGUUUCCUUGACAUAUUCUUUUUAUUAAAAUGCGUGUUGUAUUUCUUUUAUAUUGCCUUGUAAUUGGUUUAUCCACAUUUCAAGCUCAAGGUUUGGGACUAUGGUGUUACAAAUGUGUCAGCACACAUCCUGGCUGUGGAAAGGAUUUUGACUGGAGGUGGCAUUGGUCAUACACCUGUCCGGACCCCAAUGACAAAUGCGUCAAAAUCGUAGAAAGAAAAGGUGCAGAAGAGAUCAUCACACGAGAUUGUCUUAGUUCCAUUCAGGGUAUUCGAAGAGAUAUCCCUGCCGACAUUUAUGAGGGAUGCCGUCCAGCAGCCAGAGAUAUCAGGCUGGCACAGUAUGUUUUCAACGACAUUGAUGAGUUGGAUAUCAAGAGGAAUUAUUAUGACAACACAACAUUCUGUUUCUGUGAUUUCGAUCAGUUUUGCAACUCUGUGGGUAAACCUGCCAUUCCAGCAAUGAUGAUGAUUAUCUCAAUAGUUGUAUAUGCUUCCAAUUGGUUGCAUUUUUAAUUUUUACCUCUGUUUAAAUGAUCUGAAUGAUGCAAGUGUAUGAGCAUUAAGUCUAUUGACAGUCUGAAUUACAUAUUCCGUCCAUUUUUUUUCCAA